AUGGCCAUUGUCUUGGGAAUCGGACUCGGUGUGGUAUCGUUAAUCAUCAUGUGUUUGCUAUUAACCAUCUUCGUCAACCGCCGAGAGCGUCGACCCUCCAAGAGCAAAGACUCGAACGACAAGCUGCGCAAACUGGACGCCGUCUCGCCCACGCGCACGCUGGAAGAAUGGUGGUCCAAGGCCAAAGGGCCGCUGCUGCCCUCCGACUGCGUGGACGGAACAUUUAUCUGCGUGGUCUGCCUGGAGUCGGUGCUACGUUCCCAAGAAAUCCGCGAACUCAAAUGCCUGCAUGUUUUCCACAAGGAAUGUCUGGAGAAGUGGUACCUCCAGGACCAUUUCAACUGCCCGCUCUGCCAUCGGGCCUAUUACAUUCAAGAAACGCAUCCCAGUAACGACUUUGUAUGGAUGGUAUGA